AUGACCCCACUUCCUGUUUUUCGCCCCAGUUCACAACUUCCUGUUUUUUUUUUAUUCCUUCUCUGUUUAACUGACAAUCAAUUUUCUUUUUGUUCUUUCUUCCUUUUUAUCUCUUCUCAUUUACUCUCUUUCUCUCUCUCUCUCUCUCUCUCUCUCUCUUUCACUUUUCAAUUUUUUCGGCCCCUUUUCGUCAAGGAAAUCUCCAGUGAAGGCCUGCUAUUUUUCGAAUAUUUUCCGAGUAUUUUUUUAAAAUAUUUUUUUCUUUCUUUCUUUAGUUGGACUCAUUCUUUCUCUUUCAAUAGCUAUACUCAGCAUUUCUUUCUUACUACACUUUCUUUUCUUUCUUUUGUUCCUUUCUUCACUUAUACUUUCUUCUUUUUCUUCUUUCAGUUAUUCAGUUAUUUCAGUUAUUCUUUCUUUCUUUCGAUAGCUUCACUAAUUCUGGCUUUCUUUCUUUCUUUCUUUCUUUCUUUCUUUCUUUCUUUUCCUUCAAUUAUUCUUUCUUUCUUUGCUUAUUUAUUAUUUUCUUCAUCAUUUUUUCUUUCUUCAGUGAUUCUUUCUUUCUUUCUGUCUUUCUUUCUUUCUUUCUUUCUUUCUUUCUUUCUUUCUUUCUUUAAUUCCAUUAUUCCUUCUUUCUUCAAUUAUUUAGCUUUAGUCAAUUUUUCUUUCUUCACUGAUUCUUUUUUCUUUCUUUCUUUCUUUCUUUCUUUCUUUCUUUCUUUCUUUCUUUCCUUCUUUUCCUUCAAUUAUUCUUUCUUUCUUUGCUUAUUUAUUAUUUUGUCUCUUUCUUUCCCUUCAGCUAUUCUUACUUUCUUUUCUGUCUUUCUUUCGAUAGCUUCAGUCAUUUUUUCUUUCUUCACUGAUUCUUUCUUUUUUUUUUUUUCCUUCAUUUCUUCUCUCCGAAUAUUCAUAAACAUUUUUAUUUGUUUCUCUUCUAAUUCUCUUUUUAUUCUUUUUCUUUCUUUCUUUCUUUCUUUCUUUCUUUCUUUCUUUCUUUUGAUUGCUUCAUUAUUCUUCCUUUCGACAGCUUCAGUUAUUCUUUCAUUCUUUCUUAAAUUAUUUCCUCUUUUCCUCUAUCUUUACUUCUUUACUUCCUUUCUUUCUUUCUUUCUUUCUUUCUUUCUUUUUUCUUCAUUCAUUUAUAUAGCUAUUCUUUCUUUCUUCAGUUAUUUUUUCUUUCUUUGUUUUUUCUUUCUUUCUUUCUUUCUUUAUUUAUUUAUUUUCUUUCCAACUUGCUUUUUCUUUCUUUUUUUCUUUCUUUCUUUCUAUUUCACUUUUGUUCCUUCCUUUCUCCUGCUUUUUUUUUACUUUUCUAUCUUUCUUCCUUUCCCCGUUUCUUUCUUUCUUUCUUUCUUUCUUUCUUUCUUUCUUUCUAUUUCGUUUUUGUUCCUUCCUUUCUCCUGCUUUGUUUUUACUUUUCUAUCUUUCUUCCUUUCCCCGUUUCUUUCUUUCUUUCUUUCUUUCUUUCUUUCUUUCUUUCUUUCUUUCUUUCUUUCUUUCUUUCUAUUUCACUUUUGUUUCUUCCUUUCUCCUGCUUUGUUUUUACUUUUUUAUUUAUUUUCUUUCCAUCUUUCUUUUUCUUUCUUUCUUUCUUUCUUUCUUUCUUUAUUUAUUUAUUUAUUCAUUUAUUUUCUUUCCAACUUGCUUUUUCUUUCUUUCUUUCUUUCUUUCUUUCUAUUUCACUUUUGUUCCUUCCUUUCUCCUGCUUUGUUUUUACUUUUUUAUUUAUUUUCUUUCCAUCUUUCUUUUUCUUUCUUUCUUUCUUUUUCUUUCUUUCUUUCUUUCUUUCUUUCUUUCUUCAAUUUUCUUUCAUUUUACAGUUUUUCUUUCUUCAGAUAUUAUUUCUUUCGUUUCUAUUCCCUCAAUUAUUAUUUCUUUUUUUAUCGUGAUUGUUUUGAUUGUUUUUCUUCGUCCUCCUCCACGAAUAAGUUUCUUCGUGUCUUUUUCCUUACACAAUUCCUGUCCUUGUUUCUCUUCAGUUUCCACGCUUAG